GUCCUGUACGGGGGUGGGCGGGUUCGUUCAUCCACUCUACGCGGAACCAUGUGGUUCAGACGGGGUUAUGGCGCGUCCUCGACUGAACCUCGUGGACCAAAGACACAAAUAGCGGCUGCGCGCGUUACGCGCGGAACAGACACGGCAGCGCACAACCGGUAACGGUGUGUUGUACCUACAAAAAACCGGGAUUAACGUACCUGACUUUGUUUUGUGGUGAACAGAAACGGCUUCUUCACGGAUGCUCGUGCCCUACGACCGGCGAAUUACGGUGGAGAGAAUUACGCGCGUGAUUAUGGUGGAGACAUUUCUGCAUCAUUAACGUCUGACAUUGGUCUCAUAAAUACAGAAACAAGAGUCACACCGAGUCCAUUACCAACAAUGUUUGAAGAAUCAUCCCAGGAGAUGAAAGAGCAGACUGGAGUCUUGAAAGUUAUCGAACCUGCCUCAUCUGCUGGGUUGCUGGGGUUAAACCUUGCGACUCCCGGCACGAUGUCCUUCACGGACGAGGCCGUGUCCAUCCUGACCUCGAGCAGUUUGCUGGCACGCUCGCUGCUGGGCCGAACGUCGCCGCUGAAACGCAAAGACGCCGCUCCGCUGAGCCCCGCCGUGAGACGCAAGCGAGAAUUUAUUCCUCACGAAAAGAAAGACGAUGGGUACUGGGACAAGCGCAAGAAAAACAACGAGGCCGCCAAGCGUUCACGCGAGAAACGACGGGUCAACGAUAUGGUCCUGGAAAACCGCGUGCUGGCGUUGCUCGAGGAAAACGCAAGGCUUAGAGCCGAACUGUUGGCUCUUAAGUUUCGCUUCGGGAUGGUUAAAGAUCCCUCUAACGCUUCCAUACUUCCACUCACGACGGGAAGCUGCGUUCCUCAGCCUUCAGCACCACAUUACUACCUUACACGUGGGGAAGGAGCCCAUCAUGGUGGUCCCGUAGUGUCCCACGCGCAACAGUCUGGGCGAGGGGUCAGAGACAUGAACAGUACGUCUGAAGAUUCAGGGUUCUCCACUCCUGGCGGGUCCAGCGUUGGUAGUCCCGUCUUCUUUGAGGACAGACUGAGCGACCACGGAAAGCUUUCCCCACCCCGAGCAGAUGAGCUUGGUUAUGACUCGCCAAAUACUGACAGCCAUGGAGCCACGGGACACACUGCCUUGUUAUACAGCCGCACAGAGACUGUGGAAGGUAUGAAGAGUCUCCCACACAAGCUACGAUUCAAGUGUCCGAGCAGCGGGGAAGGCGAUAAUACUGGACAAAGUCCGAUGGGGGGCGCUAGAGUCUCCGCCCCAUCAGGUGCGAGUGAAGGGAUGGGUUAUUGGCCGCAACAAGAUGGAGAAGCCAAAACAUACAACCACUCGUACGACUCGCAGUACCAGGCAGAAAACUGUAUGCUGAAAUCUCAACUCAGCUCUCUCAGCGAGGAAGUGGCCCAGCUCAAAAAGCUCUUUUCUGAGCAACUUCUCACCAAAGCGAAUUGAAGACAUUGUGAAGAUCGCAGCACACUGGAACUGGCAGCCCUAACUUAAAUACUUACACUUCCAAACAUCCAUAAUUAUAUUGCAGACUUGUUCUGUUUAAUCCUGGUUAAAAAGCAACAUGUGCAUCACUACCUCUUCACGCUGAUCUUAACCAAAUUAGGCAGAGCAUAUGAUCAUCUCUUCAAAACGCAAAUUAAGAAGCAUCGAAGUCUAAAGCAUUCCAGUGGCGUCAGGACACGCAUCACAAUUUUACCUCCAAACACUGUGAACUUGCUCAGAAAUGGCUCAGGCUGCUGUCUUCACAAAUGUCUUCGUUUCUCUAUCAUUUGCCAACACUAGCGUUUUUUAAGACUUAACAGUUAGUUAGAUGUGAUGUGGCGAACCUGUUGCCGAUCGGUCUUUACACUGUAAUGUCUCUCCUGUGGUUUUGACAGAUUUGUAGCGCGACUGUCGUGCGCUCACGAAUGAAGAAAGUAGUAAAUCCCAGUUUUUGCACCAUAUGCUAUGAACGGUACACCAGUGAGGGCCAAAUAUUUUGCAUCUGUGAACAUUAUAUGGUUAAUGCUACAUGUUGGUUCUCUGUGCUGGAAAUUAUCUUGUUUAUUGUCAAUAUUAUGAACCAGUAGCUACUCAGCACUGAAUGAAUACAUUUUUAGUUUCUCAUACACAUCACUGCCAUUAUAAAAGGCUAUAGAGGAUUUCUUAUACACUGUUACUUGCAUUUUUAUGGUGAAAUUACUGUUGUCUGAUGAGUUGUCAUGUAUUUGUACAGGAAAUAUACAUGUUAUAUGUUUGUGUGAAUAAAUCUUUGAACAGUG